CCACCAGACGGGACCACCAGACGGGACCACCAGACGGGACCACCAGACGGGACGCUCUGACUGGCAGCUUUGAACCUGUCACUGCCGCCUGCCGAGCCCGCGCAGAUCAGAAAUCAUGUGCUGCGUGAACCUGAUGGCCGCCCUCCUCGUCCUCUCGGUGACGUUCGGCUGCCAGGACGCGGCGCCCCUGCACAGACUGGAGUCGGACGGAGCCUCCAACGGGACUUCGGAGAAAGGAUGGAGAAUAGACGUCCAGGCGAGAUAUACCCUCUUCACACCCACCCACAAAAUGCCCCGACUGGAGACCCCAAGAGAAAGAGAGAGCCACCAGCUGGAGAAAAGGAAAUGUAACACGGCGACGUGCGUGACCCAGCGCCUGGCGGACUUUCUGGUGCGCUCGCACGGUAACAUCGGAGCCAUUUACUCCCCGACCAACGUCGGCUCCUUCACCUACGGCAAGAGGAACGUGGUUGGUCUCCUGAGCAGAGAGUCCUUCGACUACCUGCAGCGUUAGCGGCUCCUCGCUCCUGGCGCUCUCACGCGUAACACCCCUCCUGUAUAUUAUGGUUUCUUCCGACCCGCGCACAUUCUGGCGCUGCCCCGAGUGCCCCCCCCCGCGGUCUGUGGGCCGUCCGACGAGGGUUCGGUGGAACGAGGCGACUUCUGUAUAAACACAAAAAAAU